AUGGACGAGAGCAAGAGGCAGCCGGAGGAGCACGAGGUUCUGGCCGAAAUCCACUCGGUCAUUUCCAACAAUCCCGAAUUUGGCUCCAAGCGCGUCGCCAGCAGCAUCAAGGGCAGCAAUCCGGACUGGCACAUCGGCGACAAGAGAGGCAGCAGUCCGUGGAAUGUGGCGCCCGCCGCCACCAGUACAAACCCCGAGGCCGCGAGCCCAUGGGCCGUAUCCCCCUUCCAGACCAGCAACCCGUUCAAGUCGCCGGAUACGUCGUCACCGCCGGCCGAGACGGAGCCAGAGCCCGAUGUCGUCAGCUCUGCCAGACCGUGA